UGGGGAGUUGCUGGACUGAAUGACUCCCCGAAGCCGUGAUGGUGGCCAUGGCCCAGAGCCUACUCCGGCUUUCUUCGAGGCCAGGACUGGGUGAUGGUGUCGCUACUCCCGCCACAAUCUGACGUCACGCUGCCAGGCCCCACCAGGCUGGAGGGCGAGCCCCAAGGGGACUUCAUGCAGGCACCGGGCCUCCCAGGCUCCCCCGCCCCGCAGAACAAGCACGCCGGCUUCAGCUGCUCAUCUUUUGUGCCUGAUGGCCCUCCAGAGCGGGAGUCCUCACUGCCCCCACACAGCCCCAGCAUCGCAUCACCAGACCCCGAGCAAGUCCACUGCCCUGCCGGCCCUGGCCCGGGCCCCUUCCGGCUCUCACCCUCAGACAAGUACCCCGGCUUCGGCUUUGAGGAGGGUCCAGCGAGCGGUCCCGGGCGCUUCCUCAAGGGCAGCCACGUGCCUUUCCACCCAUACAAGCGACAUUUCCAUGAGGAUGUCUUCCCUGAGGCCCAGACUGCCCUGGCCCUCGAAGGACACUCCUUUAAGACCCCGGGGGCUCUGGAGGCCUUUGAGGAGAUCCCUGAGGAUGUGGGGGAGGCUGAGGCCUUCCUGCCUGGCUUCCCUGCGGAGGUCUGGUGCAAUGGGCUCCCAUACCCCAACCAGGAGCACAGCCCCCAAGUCCUGGGGUCAGAAGUCAAGGUCAAGCCCCCAGCUCUGGAGAGUGGUCCGGGGAUGUACUGUUACCAGCCCCCCUUGCAGCACAUGUACUGUCCUUCCCAGCCCCCCUUCCACCAGUACUCACCAGGUGGCAGCUGCUACCCUGUACCGUACCUGGGCUCCUCACACUAUCCCUACCAGCGCAUCGCACCCCAGACCAGCCCCGACGGGCACCAGCCCCUCUUCCCAAAACCCAUUUACUCCUACAGCAUCCUCAUCUUCAUGGCCCUUAAGAACAGUAAAACUGGGAGCCUUCCUGUCAGCGAGAUCUACAAUUUUAUGACGGAGCACUUUCCUUACUUCAAGACAGCGCCUGAUGGCUGGAAGAAUUCUGUCCGCCACAACCUGUCUCUUAACAAGUGCUUCGAGAAGGUAGAGAACAAAUCGGGAAGUUCCUCUCGUAAGGGCUGCCUGUGGGCCCUGAAUCCGGCCAAGAUUGACAAGAUGCAGGAGGAGCUGCAGAAGUGGAAAAGGAAAGACCCCAUCGCCGUGCGCAAGAGCAUGGCCAAGCCAGAGGAGUUGGACAGCCUCAUUGGAGACAAGAGGGAGAAGCUGGGCUCCCCACUGCUCGGCUGCCCACCCCCUGGGCUGGCAGGUUCCGGCUCCAUCCAGCCCCUGGCACCUCCAGCAGGGCUCUCCCAGCCGCUGCACUCAAUCCAUCCAGCUCCGGGCCCCAUUCCUGGCAAGAACCCCCUGCAGGACCUACUUGGGGGGCACGCGCCCUCCUGCUAUUCGCAGACAUACUCGCACCUCUCGCCGGGCCUGGCCCCUCCUGGACCUCCGCAGUCAUUGUUCCCACAGCCAGAUGGGCAUCUAGAGCUGCGGGCCCAGCCAGGCACCCCCCAGGACUCGCCUCUGCCUGCCCACACCCCACCUAGCCACAGUGCCAAGCUGCUCGCUGAACCUUCCCCAGCCAGGACCAUGCAUGACACCCUGCUGCCAGACGGAGACCUUGGCACUGACCUGGACGCCAUCAAUCCCUCUCUAACCGACUUUGACUUCCAGGGAAACCUAUGGGAACAGCUGAAGGAUGACAGCUUGGCCCUUGACCCCUUGGUACUGGUGACCUCAUCACCAACAUCGUCUUCAGUGCCGCCAGCUCCCCCUCCCUGCUAUCCCCCUGGGCCCUGUCUGGCCGAGACCGGCAGUGGGACAGGCGACUUGGCACCCCCAGGCAACGGGGGCUCUGGGGCACUGGGUGACCUGCAUCUCACCACCCUCUACUCGGCCUUCAUGGAGCUGGAGCCCACACCUCCCGCGGCCCCUGCUGGCCCCUCUGUGUACCUCAGCCCCAGCUCCAAGCCCAUGGCCCUGGCCUGAGCAAUGCCCUGCAGCAGCUCCAGCCUUUGCUUGGCCUGGAAGUCCCAGCCGGCCGCCCAUGUCGGGCUCACCUUAAAGGUCAAGGAAGGAAACACACUCCCUGUCCCCUGUGUCACAAAGCCAACUUGGCUGUUAGCUGGCAGCUGGAGGUGAAGUCACCACCCAGGAUUCUGCCCCUCGCACAUUUCUACCACGUGGUACACCAGCUCCUGCCCAGGGAUCCUGGAGAGCAAGUGUCUGGGCAAGAAGAAAAUGCAUUCUCCAUGGCUCACACUCAUCCACACUUAGGCUCUCGUGCACAUGUGCACAGGCACACACACACACACACACACACACACACAGAGUUAUGCAGACAUACACCCACUCACCUUAUAUCCAGAGGAAUCAGAACUACAUCACAGACUUCAUUGGGGGGCAGCUGAGAGCUGAAGGCUUUGGUUAUCAGAAGCUCAGGGCCCCCAGCCAGGUCCAAGACCACCCUGGAACCCUCUUCUGAUGUCCAUGUUCUCUGCAGGCCUGCCCCCCUCCAGGAGUGAUCUUUCCCAGAAGCCCCCUAUAUUUAUUCUCCCAUCUUCAUCCCAACAGCCCAUCGAGAAGGAGGAGAUAUGGAGCUUCUCCCCAAGUUGUCUAUGGGCCCCCAAGAGGGUGCUGAUAUUCACAGCGCCCACCCUGCCAGGCUCUCAACCUGUCCUCAACUUAAGCUCUAUCUGGCUUCCCCCGGGGGAUGACACACAGGUGGGGCAAUGUCCGCCCCAGGACCAAACUGAGCCCAGUUCCGACACAAAGUGUUUGGAAAAACCCUUGCCCUCGGAAACUUGAAAGUGUCCUUUUGUCCCAGCCCUGGAUGCAGGAAAGGCCCCUCCAGGUCACUAUAGUCACCCCUGAGAACUUCAUGUAGUUUAGGUCCCAGCUUAUGAAUACUUCUGUUUCAGACAGCCUGGGCAGUUAGGGAGGGAACUCUGGUUCAGGCUGACGGGGGAGCACCCAUGCCCCCUCUCUUUGACUGCUGGGCAGGCCCAGGAUGCCCCUGGAGCAAGGGGAUGUGACUUGCUUGCCCACUGUGUCCUGAGAGCCCAACCCACACCAAGUAGGCUGAAGCUCCCACUUCAGCCUACCCGGGGCCUGAGGCUAACAAGAACACCCCCCACCCCGCCAAGGUUGGGCCCAGGCUCAGAUGAGACACAAGCAGAACCCCUGAUGGCCUGCCACUGUUCCCUGUCCUGGAACAAUA